CGUUCUGUCACUGUCAAAUGUAGAGCAGGCGACCAUUGGGGACAAGGUAGCGUUGAACAGAAGAGAGAGAGAGAGAUAUAGAUAGAGAGAUAGAGAGGACAGUAGUCGCGUAUUGUCGCAACAUUUUCUUGUGCGUGCAUCAUUAUAAACUUAGUGCCAGCCAGGUCUUCUGUAUUAAUUAUUGCAUGCGUAGAGCAGAUCAUCCAGCGUUGGACUGGCAUCUGGUUACGAAAGAAACGGGACGGCACCAGUGGAAAUACUAUCUGAAAACUCCAUUAGCCUUGCUUCGUUCGUUUUACAAUUGCCAGCAGUCAGUCACAGCAGCCUAUUUCCGAGGACGCGAAUCGCGAUCACAGGGACCGCUGGAGAAGUCUCACGUUUUGUCGUUUGAUUUAUAGACUGGUCACUGUAAUUUACGCAAUAGCCUAGUUUUCUGGACUCAUUGUAUUUUUUUUUCUCUCUUUGGUCCAAAGUAGUCCAUGCAAGCCUAGUUGCUAUACCAUUUUUUAAGAAACCUACGUGACAGACAGAUUCAAUCAUUACUCUCAAACGGGACAAACGAGGGACCAUGGUGAAUCCUGGAGGUAGCAGCCAGCCCCCUCCGGUGGGAGCAGGGUCCCUGUCCUGGAAGAGGUGUGCGGGCUGCGGGGGGAAGAUCGCUGACCGCUUCCUUCUCUAUACCAUGGACAGCUACUGGCACAGCCGAUGCCUUAAGUGCUCCUGCUGCCAGGCCCAGCUGGGGGAGAUAGGCACCUCCUGUUACACCAAGAGCGGCAUGAUCCUCUGCAGAAACGACUACAUCAGGUUAUUUGGGAACAGUGGGGCAUGCAGUGCUUGUGGCCAGUCCAUUCCAGCCAGUGAACUGGUCAUGAGGGCACAAGGCAAUGUGUACCAUCUCAAGUGUUUCACGUGUUCUACCUGCCGGAACCGGCUGGUCCCAGGGGACAGGUUCCACUACAUCAACGGCAGUCUGUUCUGUGAACACGACAGACCCACAGCACUCAUCAAUGGACAUUUGAGUUCACUGCAGACAAACCCACUACUGCCCGACCAGAAGGUGUGUUAGGAGCAAGGUGUGCAAGAAGCAGGAUGCGUGCCUUCAUUUUAACCCUAGCUUAUUGUCACCCACUACUUUCUGGAUCCCUGUACCAUCCCCCCUGCCCUGCCCUGCCCCCAGCCCCUCCCCCCCCCUGCUCUCCAGGCACCCAGACUCUUACCUGAGCCCCCAGGCAGCCUCCUCAAUCUACCAAGACCCCCGCUUCUCUCUGUACAACACCCACCCUCGUCCCCACCCUAACUCCCUUUUACGGGAGGACAUACCCCCCCGCUUCUCUCUGUACAACACCCACCCUCGUCCCCACCCUAACUCCCUUUUACGGGAGGACAUACCCCCCCGCUUCUCUCUGUACAACACCCGUCCUCGUCCCCACCCUAACUCCCUUUUACGGGAGGACAUACCCCCCCGCUUCUCUCUGUACAACACCCACCCUCGUCCCCACCCUAACUCCCUUUUACGGGAGGACAUACCCCCCCACGCUUAUGAUACGCCUGAGAUGUGAUUCUGAGGACUCCAUGAUUCUGACACUGGACUGAAAGUAGACUUGAUCAGAACUGGAGGGACACUGAGAAAGAGAGGAAGAGGAACCGAUUUGAGGAUGGACAGAACGAGACAAAGAAAGAGAGAAAAAUACAAAAUGAAGCUAAAUCAAGUUGCGGUUGUUUUUUCAAAUCUGCACACAGUUGUACAUUUGUUUUUUGUUUUUAUUAUCGGGGGAAAGAAACGACUGUCUCCUUUUAAUGUAUCCCUCUUAUUUUUACCUCCUACUUGCCUUCCAACCUGAUAUUCGCUUGUUCAUUAUUUGAAGUGUUGUGAAGAGACUGUGUUUCUAUUUUGGUGGUAUAUAAAACAAGACUAGGUUAAAAAAUAUCUGUGGCUUUUUUUGUGGAAACGUAAUACCAUUACGAUGAGCAUUCUCUUGGUGUAUUUGUAAAACUACCAUGUAUGUAUGCAUGUAAAUGUUUUUGUCCUGACGUGGCUCACAGUACAUUCUGCUCCUGACACAGCCUAAUGGACCAUACAGACCAUAACGAAUGUGGGCCGUGUGCAGCAGGGGUCUGUCCUAUCGCCUCUGACCACAAACCGCGGCCGGCAGUUUCUGUUCACUUACCGACGAUUCUUCAUGUUGAAUCACCUCCGCUCAUCGACACAGAUGAUCUACUGCACACAGCCAAUGUUGGUGUUGGUCUUUCCUCUUCCUUAACCCCGACUCCUCUCCUCGCAACCUGAACCUGAACCUGAACCUGAACCUAAACCUGAACCUAAACCUGAACCCAUGGCUUAACAAAAGAAAGAUGUUCACAGUCACUAAUGUAGAGAUUUUCACCAACCCUAUAAAUUCAUGAAUGAAAGAAAAAUCUAUUUGUGAUAUUUUCAGAGACAUUUGCUCCAGUAUGGUGUAUUUGAUUAAUAAAAAUGAUUAUGAUACAGAAAA